GUAACGCACGCGUCCGCUGCAACUUGCGUGUUGUGCCACGCGUGUCUAGACUGGCACGCGUUUAUUGUCCGUCUACUGGACUUGGGUCACCAUGGAGUGGCUUGGACACCCCCGCUCUUCAUGCGUUUGAGUGUUACCACGUUUCACUUCUGUCGGUGUUCCGACGUGUGCUCCAUCCGGUGACGUUAGGUGAAAGGCUUUGCCAAUAAACUGUGUGGAAUCGAACCUACCAUGUCGUACGGGCAGUUUGGCUACUCUUCGCCGCCACAGCUGAUGGUGAGCAGCGGGAGCGCGGGACACUCGCCAUCCCCUGGCACGGCGGCAUGCUGUGAGCCUACACGGCCCUUGCUGGGAGAAUCUCCAGGGGCAGCCACAGCGGUCAGCCCUGCAGCCACCCCGUCAUCGGGCCCCACCAUGUGCUCAUUGCCCGCAAGCUCUUACGACUCGAGGCUCUUGUCCACGUAUCCGCAGCUGGCCACUCCUCGCUUCUACAAUACAGGCUACGGCGACCAGGCAGGUGCUGCUGCCGCAGACUAUGCUAACCUCACCGUUGACUCCUCCGCAUUUUACCCUACUCUGAACCCUGCUUACACCAUGAAAGAAGCAACUGACCCAUGGAGAGGAAUCACCCAGCCGACGUCUUACUACUACGACCCCACGUUAGCAGCUUAUGGGUACGGCGGGUUAGACUUCAACGGUGCGCGACGAAAGAAUGUUACACGUGACUCGACAUCCACCCUGAAAGCGUGGCUGAACGAGCACCGCAAGAACCCGUACCCAACAAAGGGCGAGAAGAUAAUGCUGGCUAUCAUCACCAAGAUGACACUCACGCAGGUGUCAACGUGGUUCGCAAAUGCACGACGAAGAUUGAAAAAGGAAAACAAGAUGACCUGGGAACCAAGAAAUAAAGCGGAUGCGGAUGAUUCCGGAGCAGAGGACAAGAAGGAUGACGAGGAAUCUAUGGAUGAUCGGUUACCCACAACCCAAGACCACAUGCGACGAACAGAGCCCUCGAGGUCAUACUGCAGCCUAGCUGGACUUCAACAUUCUAGAGAUUCUUCAGAACGGACAACCCACAUAAUCACAGACGGUGAUCGUGGCAUGAGCCUCGCAGGAUCGCAAUCCUCUGGCCACAAUCUGGAACAGCAACGCCACAACUACGCCAACAGCAUGGCGCAGCUUCAUAGCUCAGGCACGGGUGGUAGCAACCACCACGCCAGCUCUCGGUCUCCACUUCUGGGAAGCAUCAUGCCACUCGCACCACCGUCAGUCCUCACGGGCUACACGCCCGCAGCAUCGUCGGACAGUCCGUCGCCCGACUUGCAAGGCCUCGAAUCUCUCAUGUCCAAGUCAUCGCCCCAUGGAGCGGACGAUUCACCCGACAGCUCCCACAGUAAACCCAAGAUCUGGUCUUUGGCUGAUACAGCUACGAGCAAGAGCCCACCACCGCCACUUGCCUGCCCUGGACAACCGUCAAGCAUGACUGUCAAGGAGAGUACACCGGGGAAUCAUGGUAGCAGUUUCGGGUGGUUUUCAAGUGGUUACCACAGAGGAGGAACGCCUACGAGUGGUCAUUUUACUGCCUACGGCAGCAAUGGGUUCAGUCCUGGCGCUCCUCAGACGGAUACUCCACCACAGACGCCACCGAACGCAAAGUCCAACCCAGCCAGCGCUACAUCGUCCCUGGCUUUACAUCUGGGGUCCACUAACUAUUUUCAGAGUCAAAGUUGCCCUUCGCAUGUUUACAUUGCAAGCGGAUCCAGCCAUCCACAGUUAGCAGUUGACAAGACGUCCUGCGCCAUCUACCGACCGGGAGGAGGCUACGCGGCUGCGUCAUCGGCACCCGCACCCCUGAUCGCUGGCAGCCCGUCUGCUGCGUCCUCCUCGUCCUCCUCAGAAGACGAUUUUCAGUCCGAGCACUUCGGCCCCGGGUCGCAGGGAAACGGCAUGCCCGAGUCGAUGGCCUAACUACGAGGCGUACAAGGACUCAGGUGGACCGAGCGAAAGCCGGCUCUUCGUUACUGCUGCUUGCCGAGGAAGACAGACGGCGGUCAUGAGUGUCGUGUUUUUGAGUGCGAGGUGUGAGUCGAGUGUGAGGUGUUUUUGAGUGCGAGCUUGCAUGUGUGGAUUGCCGCGGUGCUCGCCAGCGCGAUUGUCACUCUGGUCCCUCGCACAGUGCUCGAUAUGUGCGGUCGGUAAAAAUCGCGCGGUAACCCGAGACCAGCACGGUUACUCUUUCACGAGAAAUGAGGCUGCUACUGCUCUGUGACGGGACAGAGUUAGCCGCGGAGCACGUGAUGAUGGCUGUUGCUGUUGAGGGGUUAAUCCUGUAGCCAUGUCAACCUAGAUCACAGUCAUAUUUUAUUGUGUUGUAUGUAUAUUUAACUAUGACGUGUAUGGAGGCACAGGUGCCACGAAUCUCAAUGCAUCCGGAUUAAUUAUGUACAGGCACAAAGGGUUAUCAUACUUGCGUCACUUCAUGUUCUAGAAAGGCUUAGCCGUUACUCAUCUGGUCAUCGUUCCCGUAGAAGCGUGCUGGUUAAGUGCAAGUCCUCAGAAAGAAAGGGCACAAUGCUGGACAGUUCAUCUCAGCCGGGAAUUUGUCGUUCUGUUUGCAAAGCGCUUCUCAUUGUCUGCAAACUUCGUCUGUACUGACGCCUGUACUGGAGCAUGCAGUGCUAUUCUUAGAAUAAUGGAUACUCUGCAUAAAACUACACCGUCAGUCAGGCCCUAUACAGAUUUACACAUAAAAUAAAUCACACCAAUCUGUGAAGAUUAUGAUAAGGAAAAGAAACUGGCCCAUGCAUUUACACUGUGGCUGCAGGGCUUGGUGAAACAGAUCCACCAUAACUUCAAAAAGAAAAAAGAGCGCGCCCACACUUAAUCUCUAUGGCACGGUAUACCAUAUAAAAACGAUGAUUGCCACGACUCCCGAUAUGCUGCUUGCAUUUCCGAUCAAAUGUGUAGGAUAUACUUAAGCUAACGUGCACUCAAUCAUACCAGCAGAACACAGUCGACCGCGAUCGCAAGGGUUGCCUGAAGUGGCAAUAAUCGCGCGUGGUUUCUUGGAUUCAAGUUCAAUCAAAAGGAAAUGCCUAAAAACAAGUUGGCAUGGAACGGUGCACUUGCCCAAGCAGCACAAUGUGUAAUGAAAGUUCAAGCACAUAGGGGAGGCUGCCAGGUGUCUUAUCAGCGAUUAGCUCGCACACACAUGAUAUCCGUCCACCCCUACGUACUCGCACUUUCAAGUGCGCUCCUGGGCAAAAGUAGCUUGCAGUCUUUCAAGAUACAAAACAAAGAAACCACGAGUAAUGUGCAAGAAAUUCUCGGAGUUCGAGAGAGCGAUGUCUUCCUUGCAGAUAAGUUUGCAUGAUGUCCAACCUUUUCCAGCGCAACCAAAUGUCUGUAUUUCCAACAAUGGUUCAAGUAAUGACGAUCCCCUCACGUAUGUCUGUGCUACUCCCAACAGUCCCCUGCGUCAUUCUCUGUACAUAGGUGUUCAUUAUCAAAAAGGACGUGUACUGAAAAUGUGUCUCGUACGUGUUGCCAUGUCGGACAUCUGUAGAUACCGUUAUGUGGACUUGCAACGUCUGUAAAUACAUGAAAAUAAUAAAGCUGAUACUGGCGUUACAAAGGAA